CCAGCAUUUCACAGAAUGGCACAAAUGGAACCUAACCUGGACCAUGAUGUAUCAUGGUUCCUCCUCCCAUCAUACUGGGCUAAAAUGGUUGUGGCAUUAAUUUCCUUCCUCUGUUUUGCUAACAGCUAUGAUGGAGAUUUUGUCUUUGAUGAUUCUGAAGCCAUCAUCAAUAAUAAGGACCUCAGGGCAGAAACCCCACUUGGUGACCUGUGGUAUCAUGACUUUUGGGGUAGCAAACUCAGCAGCAAUACCAGUCAUAAGUCAUAUCGACCGCUAACUGUCCUAACUUUCAGAAUUAAUUACCUUUUUGCUGGAGGCUUCUACCCAGUUGGUUUCCAUGUCAUCAACAUAAUACUGCAUUGUACUAUCUCAGUGUUGAUGGUUGAUGUAUUCUCCAUAUUAUUGGGUGGAUUGCAAUUCAGCAAUAAAGGAAGACGGCUAAACCUGGCUCCCAAGUCCUCUCUUCUUGCUGCUUUGCUCUUUGCUGUACAUCCAGUGCACACCGAGUGUGUUGCUGGGAUUGUUGGCAGAGCAGACCUACUGUGUGCCCUGUUCUUCUUGUUGUCAUUCCUUGGCUACUGUAAAGCAUUUAAAGAAAGCAAUAAGGAAGGACAUACAUUUUCUGUAUUCUGGGUGCUGGUGAGUGUUGUCCUAGGGGCAAUAGCCAUGCUGUGCAAAGAACAAGGAAUUACAAUACUGGGUUUGAAUGCAGUGUUUGAUGCACUGGUGAUUAACAAGAUAAAUCUUUUGGAGCUCAUUCGAAAGUUGCUGUAUAAGGACAAGUCAUUGGAGAAUGCUGGGCUGUUAAGAAAGGGGCUGCUUUUCAGGAUAGCCCUGUUGAUGUGUGGAGGGGCUGGAAUACUUUAUAUCCGCUGGAGGAUUAUGGGCACAGGGCCCCCAGCUUUCACUGAAGUAGACAACCCAGCUUCAUUCGCUGACAGUCUGUUUGUAAGAGCUAUAAACUAUAAUUACUACUAUUCACUGAAUGCAUGGUUGCUGUUGUGUCCCUGGUGGCUGUGUUUUGAUUGGUCAAUGGGCUGCAUACCCCUCAUUAAAUCCGUCAGCGACUGGAGGAUAAUUGCACUAGCAGCACUUUGGUUCUGCCUAAUUGGUCUGAUAUGCCAAGCUCUGUGCUCAGAAGACAGCCAUAAGAGAAGAAUCCUUACACUGGGACUUGGAUUUCUUAUUAUCCCUUUUCUUCCUGCAAGUAAUCUCUUCUUCCGAGUAGGAUUUGUUGUUGCAGAGAGAGUCAUCUACCUCCCCAGUAUUGGAUAUUGUAUUCUCUUUACAUAUGGAUUUAGUCUCUUGAGUAAGCAAGCCAAGAAAAAGAAAAUUCUUGCUGUGGCAGUACUUGGAAUCCUGUUGAUAAAUGUUAUGCGCUGUGCGCUCCGCAGCAGUCAGUGGAGGUCAGAAGAACAGCUUUUUAGGAGCGCAUUGUCUGUGUGCCCUCUGAAUGCAAAAGUGCACUACAAUGUUGGCAAAAACCUGGCUGACAAAGGAAAUCAAAGUGCUGCAAUCAAAUACUACAGAGAAGCUGUAAGGUUGAAUCCAAAAUAUGUGCAUGCCAUGAACAACCUUGGAAAUAUUCUGAAAGAAAGAAAUGAGCUCCAUGAAGCCGAGGAGUUGCUGUCCUUAGCUGUACAAAUACAACCUGAUUUUGCUGCUGCAUGGAUGAAUCUAGGAAUAGUGCAGAACAGUUUAAGAAGGUUUGAAGAGGCAGAGCAAAGCUACUGGACAGCAAUUAAACACAGAAAAAAAUAUCCAGAUUGUUACUACAAUCUAGGGCGGUUGUAUGCAGAUUUGAAUCGCCACAUAGAUGCAUUGAAUGCAUGGAGGAAUGCUACAGUCCUGAAACCAGAGCACAGUUUGGCCUGGAACAAUAUGAUAAUACUGCUUGAUAACACAGGCAAUCUAGCUCAAGCAGAAGCAGUUGGAAGAGAAGCCCUGGAAUUAAUACCUAAUGAUCAUUCCCUUAUGUUUUCCUUGGCCAAUGUACUGGGGAAAUCACAAAAAUAUAAGGAAUCUGAAGCUUUGUUCCUCAAGGCAAUUAAAGCCAAUCCAAAUGCUGCCAGUUAUCACGGUAAUUUGGCUGUGCUUUAUCAUCGCUGGGGAAACCUUGACUUGGCCAAGAAGCACUAUGAAGUCUCUCUGAAGCUUGAUCCCAUGGCACCAGGAACCAAGGAAAACUACAACCUCUUAAGAAGAAAACUGGAGCAGUUGCAAAAGAAAGGCGGUGUCUGAUGCUCCUUUUCAGGUUGCCCGUGCAUGCUGUUUACAACUGCUGUUACAUGGGUACUUUUGACCAUGUACAGGCUUCAGUCAUCAUUUCUCAAAAACAACACCACCAGCACCGC